GUCCUGCUUUGCUGCUCACCAGUGAUAACAUCAAACAGCGACUUGGUUCUGCUGCACUGGAUAGUAUCCAUGAAUACCGACUAACUAGCUGGCUGGGACAGCAGGAGGAUAUUCACCGUAUUGUACUCUACCAGGCAGACAGCACCCUUACUCCCUGGACUCAACGCUGCAUCCGGCAGGCUGACUGCAUCUUAAUUGUUGGACUGGGAGACCAGGAACCUACUGUUGGAGAGCUGGAGAGGAUGCUGGAGAAUACCGCAGUCCGAGCCCAGAAGCAACUUAUCCUGCUCCAUAAGGAAGAUGGGCCUCUCCCUUCCCGAACUGUGGAAUGGCUCAACAUGCGGAGCUGGUGUUCUGCUCAUCUUCAUCUCCACUGUCCACGCAGAGUCUUUUCCAAAAGAAGCCUGCCCAAGCUGAUAGAGAUGUACGAACGCGUAUUCCAGAAACCACCAGACCGUCACUCUGACUUUUCUCGCCUGGCUCGUGUUCUGACUGGAAAUGCCAUUGCGCUGGUCCUUGGGGGUGGAGGAGCAAGGGGAUGCUCCCAAGUGGGCGUUAUCAGAGCACUGAUCGAAGCUGGCAUCCCUGUAGAUAUGAUUGGAGGAACAUCUAUUGGUGCCUUUAUGAGUGCCUUGUAUGCCGAAGAACGCAGCUACAAUCAGAUGAGGAUCAAAGCUAGGCAGUGGGCCAUGGUUAUGAACUCAGUGUUUAAGACUAUUCUAGACUUGACAUAUCCAAUAACCUCUAUGUUUUCUGGAGCAGCUUUUAACAACAGCAUCAACAGCAUCUUCAAAGAUAAGCAGAUAGAGGAUCUGUGGAUUCCUUACUUCACGAUCACAACUGACAUCACUGCCUCAGCAAUGAGAGUCCACACAGAUGGUUCUCUGUGGAGGUAUGUCCGUGCCAGCAUGUCCCUCUCUGGGUACAUGCCUCCUCUCUGUGACCCAAAGGAUGGGCAUCUCUUGAUGGAUGGAGGUUAUAUCAACAACCUUCCUGCUGAUGUUGCGAAGUCCAUGGGUGCAAAGGUGGUGAUCGCAAUUGAUGUGGGGAGCCGGGAUGAGACGGACCUCACCAACUAUGGCGACUGCUUGUCUGGCUGGUGGCUGCUCUGGAAGAGGUGGAAUCCGCUGGCUGAGAAAGUCAAGGUGCUGAACAUGGCAGAGAUCCAGACACGGCUUGCGUACGUGUGCUGUGUGCGGCAGCUGGAGAUGGUGAAGAACAGCGAUUACUGCGAGUAUAUCCGGCCACCCAUUGACCGAUACGGAACCCUGGACUUUGGGAAAUUUGAUGAAAUCUGUGAAGUGGGAUAUCAGCACGGGAAGACAGUAUUUAAUGUCUGGUGCAGGAGCGGAGUCCUUGACAAGAUGCUAAGAGACAGGCAAGAGACUUGCAAAUCCAAAACUGAUAAUGUGACCUGUCCCACCACCUCUUUUACGGACCUGGCAGAAAUUGUGUCCAGGAUCGAGCCCGUGAAAGCACCCGUGGCAGACGAUGAGUCAGACUACCAGACUGAGUACGAGGAAGAAAUUCUGGACAACCAGAAGGAUGAUUAUGUCAAUUUCAUAAAAGACUCUGACUCGGAUGAAGAUAUGCAGAUAAGGAAGCGCAGGAAUCUCCCCAGUGUGGAUGGCCAGGCAAGCAGCACAGGAGAGCCAGGCUAG